AUGUCGUUCCUUCUCCAAACCAAGCCAAUUUUCGAACCAAAACGAACUUUGAAAGUUAUCGUAAUUGGAGCAGGUGCAUCGGGUCUAUUGACCGCAUACAAGAUCCAACGGCACUUUGAUAACUUUGAGCUUACUGUGUACGAGAAAAACCCUGAAGCAUCAGGCACAUGGUUCGAGAACCGAUAUCCAGGAUGCGCUUGUGAUGUUCCUUCUCACUGCUACACGUGGUCUUUCGAGCCGAAGACGGAUUGGUCCGCAACCUAUGCGUCCUCCGCCGAGAUCCAUCAAUACUUCAACGAUUUCAUGCACAAGUAUGGCCUUCAGAAGUACGUGAAGCUCCAGCACGCCGUAUCCAAUGCCGUUUGGAACGAGAAGACAGCACAGUGGGACGUUACCGUCGAUGACCUGGCGACCGGAAAGCAAAUUCACAACUCCGCCCAUGUCGUUAUCAACGCCGCGGGAAUUUUGAACGCAUGGAGGUACCCUCCGAUACCUGGAAUUAAAGACUACAAGGGUGCCCUGGUCCACAGCGCAGCAUGGGAUCCCACUAUUGAGCUGAAGGGGAAGACGGUUGGCUUGAUCGGCAAUGGAUCCUCUGGUAUUCAGAUCCUACCAGCUAUCAAAGAUGAAGUCAAAGAGCUGAUAACCUUCAUCCGUGAACCGACUUGGGUGGCACCCCCAAUAGGCCAAGGGUACAAAGUCUACUCGGCAGAGGAACAAGCGAAGUUUGCGACAGAUCCGGACUUCCAUCUGCAGACGCGUAAAGAGAUCGAGCAAGGCAUGAACAGCAGUUUUGCCUUAUUCCACAGCGGUUCGGAGUUGCAAAAGAUGACACGGCAGCAUAUGCUAGACCAAAUGCAGACAAAGCUCAACAAUGCGAAACUUGAGAAGCUUUUAAUUCCGGAGUGGAGCGUUGGCUGCAGAAGAAUCACCCCUGGCACAAAUUACCUAGAGAGUCUUUCUGCCCCCAACGUGAAGGUAGUAUACGGCGAGAUUGAGAAGAUUACCGAAAAGGGUCCAAUUGUUGACGACGGGAACGAGUAUCCAGUCGAUGUGCUUAUUUGCGCGACUGGAUUCGACACCACGUUCAAGCCUAGGUUUCCGCUCAUUGGUCCCACAGGGCAAGCGCUGGCAGAAGUCUGGAAAGAUGAACCAAAGGGGUAUCUUGGUAUUGCUGUCAACAACUAUCCCAAUUACUUCAUGACCCUUGGACCAAAUUGCCCAAUUGGAAAUGGCCCAGUCUUGAUUUCCAUCGAAGCGGAGGUUGAUUAUAUCGUUAAGAUGCUUUCGAAAUUCCAGAAAGAGAACAUCCGGUCCUUCGAUGUCAAGCCAGAACCGGUUCAAGAGUUCAACGACUGGAAAGAACAUUUCAUGUCAGGAACUAUUUGGACAGAAGAAUGCCGAUCUUGGUACAAGUCCGGCAGCAUCCAUGGAAAAAUCGCAGCAUUGUGGCCUGGUUCCACACUCCAUUACCUUGAAGCGCUGAAAGAGCCUCGCUGGGAAGACUGGAAUCUCCAAUACGAAUCUAAGAAUCGAUUCGAGUACUUGGGCAACGGCCACAGCUCUGCUGAGGUGCGCGAGGGCGGUGAUUUGAGCUACUAUAUCCGAAACCACGAUGAUGAUGAGAUCGACAUUGUCCUAAAGAAACCAGGUAAUGCUCAUCCGGAUUUGGAGGGGAUCGUGCCUUCCCAAGGCGCCGUGAAGGCGAAGCUGUGAGUGUUGUGAGUGCUAAGAAAUGGCGAGAAGUGUGCGGGCUGAACAAGACACAGUUCCACAUUCGACACGAAUGGCACCCAUUGAAGGUUUCAGCAUUCAGAUUUGAUUUGGGUGCGGCGGGAUUUCCUUAAUAUCCGGUCUUACCUUUGUAGUUUUCGCGUGCGGAAUGUUCCUUGCACAAGCUGUAGAUCUGUAAAAUACUCAUCAGUCAAUCUUGGCGUC